GCAGAGCAGGCGCCCCUAAGAUGCCGGCUCUCUGCGGAGAAACCCCUGCAGGGGCCAUCUGGGAGCAGCUGUGCCCAGUGAAGACCCAGGGCAGCUCUGCCCGCGGCCAGACACGCCUGAGGAAGCAGCGUGUGGACGCGUCUCUACAGCAGGGAGGAACCCGUGCAGUGUCUGGCCCCGGGGUGAGCAAGCAGGGCGGGUGGGCACCGACUCCCUGGCCCCAGCAGCCGCGGGUGGUGUCGGCCCCGUCCCCCCACCCCCGCCCCCGUCUGCCUUCAGCAGUGUUGUGUCUACCGGAACGCGCAGGUAACGGCAGAGCUCAGCGUGGGCCUCCGCUGGGGUCUGACCAGGGCUCACCCCUCGCGCUGCCUGAGGUCAGGAUGUCUACCAGCCCCGCUGACCCAUCCGGGGUCCCACAGCAAGCGCUUCACCCGCCCAGAGUUUAAGAACCGAAGUUCAGCGCAGCCAGGGGUCUGUGGUCUGCAAUGUCGAUCCACUCAGUGGUUCCCGGACCCAACGUGACUGGACGGGGAGGACCUUGGUCCGGGGCUGCAGGGAGUGAAGACGCAGCCCCUGGAGCAAACGGCAGAGCAGUUGUAGACCUGCAGCGAACCUGCGCCCCAGAACGUGGGCUGACCUUUGACCUUGGACACGACCCCCGGUGGGGUCAGCGGGCUCAGCGUUUCCCCAGACUGUCCACACCUGCGUCUCCUGCCCAUGCUGUCUGCCCCGCCAGGUAUUUCCAUCUCGCCUGGAGCUGAUAAAAAGUAUUAAACUCCAAAGCCAGCAA